AGAGUUUUCCUCCAAGGACAUUUGGAUUCGGCAUUUAGCUAGUGUACUUAAAAUGGGAGAUUUCAAAGGCCAUAAAAACUCCUCUCUUAAGCCAAAUUCUAUCCCUUUUAAGAUAUGUUUAUGCAAAUAUUGUGGCCGAAGAUUUCUAAAUGCACAAGCAUUAGGCGGCCAUCAAAAUGCUCAUAAGAAGGAGAGACAAGAAGCAAAAGAUUACAAACAAGAGAUGACGACUUCAAUGGUGAUGUCGAGUUUCGGGAUGCCCUUGAUGCUCAGCUCCUUUGUUCAGCCUCAUGGUUUUGCGCAGCACUUGAUCACAGGAGGCCAGCAACCCGGCUUUUCCAGUUCUAGCAGUAACAUCAGCAGCUUUCACCCUGUAAUCAACUUCUGGCCGGGGAGUUAUCGUCUCGAUGAGGGAACACUCAAUUCUCAUGUACCUGCUGCAAUGAUCACCAGCCAACUUCAGGGUGCUACUGAUGGUGCAGAGCAGCAGUUUGAGAGGGGAUGCGCGUCUGAUGAUCAUCAACGCGCAUUAGAGUUAAAGCUGCCUGACCUGAAUUUAGAUCCGCCUCUUUGAUACCAUAUAGACAAAGUAGUAUAAGGAAAUAAUUGUAUGUUAAUUAUGUACAUGUGUGUGUAAUUGUGCGUGACUUCAUUUGCUUAUAUAGUACUCUGUAAUG